AUGUCGAGAGUGCUGUGUAGAUUAACGAGGUACCAUUUCGUCAGUUAUAAGCAUCCCACCCACUUGGGUGUGAAAUCGAUAAGAAAAUUCUCAGAUUUUGGACUAAAAUCGCAGUUUCCAAGGGAAAUAGCAGAAAAGAUUGUAAACAACUUUGAUCAUAUAAGAAAUGACUCCAUACCCUUGAAUGCCAGCCAGGAUUCGUUUCUGAGGAAAAACAUGAAUUUGAGGUCGUAUCCAACCCUAAGCAAAUACGUAAAGGAGUUGAACGCAGUUUUGAGGAAGGCGACGUUCAUAGGCUGCACGAUAGUUGAAAAGGAGAAGAACCUGGAUAAUGCAAUAUUGCACUUCAGGGGCUAUGAAAGGGGCGAGUCGGCGUGUUUGUGCUUCAGCCCGAACUACUUCCCGCUCUAUCCAACCUGCACAUCGCCAUACAGGGGCGUGACCGAAAGAAGUUUAGACUAUUUUGAGCACGUGUUAUCGGGGUUGACUGGGCUCAGGGUGUCAGGAAUGCACACGCCGUAUGCAUUCAGGAGUAUCAUUCAAAUCGACUUCGCAGAUGCCACGAAUAUGGAGAAUGUGCUGUACAAGAUUGUUAUAGUCUCAGAAAGAACAAAUAAGAUGCUGCUGGUCGAUAACACUGAUCAGAUAGUGCUUGGAAGUUCGGAAUGUUUACUUGAGGAUGAGCUGAAAGAUAACGAAGACGUGGGAAAGAAGUUGCAAAUAAAGGAGCCUAAAAAGCUAAUACCGAGAGCAGACGAGACGUUCAAAGAGUUCAUAACUAAUUUUAAGAGUUACAACAACACGAGUGUGAUUAAAGCAUUUCUGAGUGUGUACGAGGGCCUAGACUACAAUUUCAUCAGCGGCCUCUGCAAGGAGUCAGAAGUGGAUCCAGGAUCAUAUUUUUACAAAAUACCAGAUGUGAAUCAUUUUUACGAACAAUUUAUAAAGAAAGUGAAGUCGACACUAGAAAACGACGGCCACUACGAGGACCUGAUUAGGCAGGUUUACGACAUAUUCGGUUCUCUGAGUCCAGCCUAUAGGCUAAACAGACUCAUUGAGAAGACUCUCGAUAUGGCAAAGGAUCUGAAACGGAGGUUGGAGGCCUCCGCUGCGGUCAGCGAAAAGGAAGGAAACGAAGAGAAGUUGGCGGUUCUUAACGAAAAGCUCGAGGGUAUAGAAGACUACCAAAUCGCAAUCGAGAACAUAAGCGUAUCCAGGGACCCGAAGAAACUAGAGAAUUUGGAGGACUUUCACGAACAGAUUCUCAUGAUCAGUGACCUCGUUGCUUACAAGGCUGCGGCCAAGAAGAAGAAACUGCGGGAGGCGAGGGAGACCAAGGUGCAGAAGAAGACCACCAAGGUUGGCAGGAUAAUGAGCGUGGCGAUCAACGACCGGGAGGACUCACCGGUCCUCAUCGUCGGCAAGAACGCCAAGCAGAAUGAGGUGGUCACCCACGAGCUCAGGCAGAAGGGCGACUUGUGGCUGCACACCAAGGACUGCCCGGGCGCCCACGUGAUUCUGCGCAACUACGCCAACGACGAGCACUCGGUGCAGAUCGCUGCCGACGUCGCCUCCUUCAUGUCCAAGAACAGGCAGCUGGCGAACGUCGAGGUGGUUGUCGCCGACAUUGCGAAGGUUCGGAAGGAAAAGCACUCCCUGCUCGGCGCGGUGCUCGUUGAGGAAUUCAAGACGGUCAUUGGCAGCCCUGAGCGUGGCGCCAAGGUGAUAAGUGACCACAAGGUCAGGACUCAGGCCUCUCCCGUUCCCUUUUCUAAGUCGUAA